GGUACCAGUCGACUGCAGUCGUUCGUCGUCUUUCGCCCGUUACGGUCACUCGUCACUGGGCAGCGAGUUGAAGCGGGUUUUCCCCCCAUUUCGCGGGUGCGUGCGUUGGUACAGCUUCGCGUGUUUCUUGCCACUCGUUCGCUAACGGUUUGCAAUUGGUACAGCCGAAGAAAGGUGCGAGUGUGUGUCAAGUGUGCGAUAAAAAGUGUUUAGUGAAGAAAGUGAAACAAGCAGCGCUAAACAUUCACGGCGCCAGCAACAGUGCAGCUUGUCUACGGAAGGAAGGCAGCGUGGUUGCAAACAGUGACUACCAAUAAAUACUUCCGAAAAUAAAACACACGUAAAUAACAAAUCAAACAGUAGCAAAAACAAGCUGAAACAAUGGUGAACAAACAAUACAACGUGCAUAAUCCCAAGCUGCACAAAUCGAAGCUGCCCGGUGGGUCCGGAAAUGGCAGCAGCGGCCACAGCUCCCCAUCCCCGUUGCGCAGUAGCUAUCCGGUCAUUUCCACGCGACCGGCGGGGGCCUCCGACGAGGACGGCUUUUCCGUGGAAAGCGACAGCAACAAUCUGUCCGACCAUCAGUCGGCAUCGAGCGGGGGCGGUGCAAGCGGGUAUGGUGUGGGCCAUCCACGACAGCUGCCGCCACCACCACCACCACCGACCCAUCGACAUCGAGGCACGCAAAGUACGCAGCCUCAUCAUCAGCAGCCGCAGCAACCGCAGAACAAUUUAAAUAUGAGCCGCCGUUCGGCCUCUGCCGAGCCGGGGCAUGGACAGGAGGAGGUGAAUGGUGACGAUGGACUGUACGGUCGUAACAUUCAGUUCUACAGCGAGGGCCGCGGGAUCGGUGAGACCGAUAUGGUGGGUGAAAGUGGACACACCGGGCGGUUCGGUCACGGACAUGGCGGCAAGGAGCUAACGAUCAGCGACAUUGGGCGAUUCCAGUACAUACUGCAGAUGGAUCGAGAAGUGGGUACUCCUUACAGCGGAUACACAGCAGCCUCUACAGAUUGCGCCAACACGUUACCCUCAUCACCCUCACCCACCUCCCUCGGUAGCAUCCAUAACCGCCAGAGCUUCAACUUCUGGAAGGCCGGCUCACAGACGCCCCUGUCCGCAUCGUCCUCCAGCAGUUCGUUCUUUCGACCAACCCAGCGCUGCCUGCUGUACAAGAUACUCAAAGUGAUCUGGCGCUACAUAAAGUGGCCCCUUGGGUUGCUGAUGAUAUGUGGUUUACUUGGGCUCGUCGUAUACUUCCUGGUUGUUGAUCAUGAUAUUAUGAGCAGCGGACUGCUUGGCGAGGAUGGCUACGAGGUGGACGAGAAUUUAUCAAUUGAUUUUAACGAUUUCACCAGCACAAACGAUCUCCACUUCGACCAUCGCUUCAUCGGAAGUAUUGCAAAGGAAUCUAAGCCCAAGGACGCACAAGGGCCGGGCCGAACGGUGGACACAAAGUUUUCAUUCGGUUUGGACAACGAUCUGCUGGCCGUGUUCGGUACAAAUGGCAAGAAACCAACGUUUGACUGGCCUACGACGGCAUCCACGACCACCGGACUAUCGGGCACGGAGCGUCAGCGUACGGAGAGCGCAAGCGAAGAGUUACCGGCGCUGGUAGUGAAAGUAACAGACGCUCCAAUUCGUAAGACCAGCACGAUCUCGCUCAAGGAUUACACCAAGGCACGAGUGGUGUUCGACGAUGAAGAUUUCCUCGACGCGGACGAUGGUCAAAGUCGUACACAAUCGGCACCAGCGCAUCCGGAAGGCACGACCAGAGCGUACGAACUGGGCCAUUCUACCGAUCCAGCACUGCCAGCGACUCAGAAAAAUGUGACCGUUCCAUCAGCUACCACAGACUCGAGCCUGUACAGGACGAAGGUAUCUCCAACGUUACCAAUUUUAUCCCGCUUUGAAAUCACUACCGAGGGGUUGAAGCGGUUCAACAUAUCCGAAGAAGGAAUUUGUCAAUCUACAUCAUUGCCCCUUUGUCGAGGCGUUCUACCGUAUGACCUUACGGUCUCCAACAAUCGGCAGCUUUCGCCACUGGAGUAUGAUCACUUCCAGUAUCUGAUCAACUCCAAAUGCUCGGUGCGUGUGGCAGAAUUUGUGUGCCUUGUGUUGGAACCGGAAUGUCGUCCAACACGCAUGGGCACGCUCACGCCGUGCAAGCGAAUUUGCAAAUCCAUUCUUGAGCCGUGUGCGCAUAUAAUUGCCAGCUCGGAGGCAUUAACAGCGACUUUCGAUUGUGACAGUUACCCGGAUUCGGACGAUCGGAACGUUUGUGAGGAUCCUACACGCCUGGGCCAUUGCUAUGCCAACGAGUUCCGGUGUGCCGAUUCUAGCUGUAUACCGCUACAAUGGAAAUGCGACAACAUCAAGGACUGCCACGGAGGAGAGGAUGAAUCGGAUUGUAAACAGUGCGAGCGGGACGAGUAUCGAUGCAUGUCAAACGACAAAUGCAUUCCAGAUAAGUGGCGCUGCGAUCAGUACGAAGAUUGUCCGGACGCAUCGGAUGAGCUGGACUGCUACUACGACGAACCGACGACAUACCCGACGGCCUACGGCAGCCAGCGGGAGUAUCCAUUUGUGCAAGUACAGGUUCCCAACAGUCCGAACGGUCGGCCUUACAUUACGAUCACCAACGAAGAUCGUUCACAGGCAGAGCGACAUCGAACCUCCCAAGAAGCUGGGUCUGCUGGUGCCCGCGAGUACGCCAACUAUGGCACCUCGGAGGAAGAUGAAGAAGGAGACAAGUAUGAGCCAACUGCUGCCGAAAAUGCUCCCUUCGUAAAUCGACACCGAAAUCAAACAGAAGCUGGCAAUGGAACAGUUGAACAGACUACCACAGUUCGAUCGAGCGAGAAACUGGUUGAAGAUCAAACCGAGGCCGAAACGAGUCGGACAGUAUCGAUACCGAAAUCUUUAGUGAACUUCCAAGACAGCAAGGAAAUUAUGAUGACGUCUGACUCGGAGAAUGAUUUCAAGAUCAGCAGUACCAGUAGAGAUUUUUUAACGACGGCCCACGUGUCCCCUUGUCCAGAGGGUGAGUUGCGCUGCGUUAGUGGAAUCUGUAUAUCCAUCAGUCAACUAUGUGAUCGGGUCACUGAUUGUGCCGAUGGAGCUGACGAGACGGGAUGCAACUACAAAGAAUAGAAAACAAAAGGAAUAAGCUGGCAAACAAACAAGAGGUUGAAAAAAAAUAGGGGCACCGAUCGCUAGGGAUUGGUUAUUGGUUUCUUUUAACGACUCAUUGAUAUCAUCGAGCAUACACGGUUUUUUUUAAUUUUUAUAUUGUUGAUUCGUAUUAAAA